AUCAUUACCCUUUAGCUGGCCCUUUUUAUUUUUGUCCCAAACCCUAAAUUCUACCAUUCGAUUUCGCCAUUCCCUUAACUCAGUGAGUCAACUCGGUACUCACCACUCACAAAUCCCCACCAGUUUUACUGAGUUGGUUGAUCACUCGCUCAUCGUGGCAUAAAGCUCAAAAUUUGUGGGUAUUUCGAUGCGAAAGGAAUGGAGAAUUCGAAUCACCACUCAACAUCAUUGUACGGUUCAGGUGCGAUGAACAUGCAACGAAACCCAGAAGAUGAGGAGGAGGACGUUCCCGGCGGAGGCGGCGGAGGAGGUGAAGAGUCGGUGGAUAACCCUCAGAUUGGAUACCAAGAAAGCGGCGGCGGGGUUGUUACGGUUAUGAAUAAUGGCAUGGAAGAAGCUUCUCACGCCAAUCUUUAUGGUCAAGGAUCCGAUUUAACCGCCGUUCAGGGUAAUUCAAGUGCUGAUCAACUCACCCUCUCGUUUCAAGGGGAAGUUUAUGUCUUUGAUUCCGUUUCACCUGACAAGGUACAGGCAGUUUUGUUACUUCUAGGUGGAUAUGAAAUCCCUUCGGGCAUUCCUGCAUUGGCUGCAACUCCUAUUGCUCAAAGGGGCAUGGGUGACUUUCCUGGGAGGUCAAUUCAACCCCAUAGAGCAGCUUCUUUAAACCGAUUUCGGGAGAAGAGAAAAGAGCGGUGCUUUGAUAAGAAAAUCCGCUAUACUGUGCGGAAAGAAGUGGCUCUCCGGAUGCAGCGUAAGAAGGGCCAGUUCACAUCAGCCAAGGCAAUUUCUGAUGAAGUAGCUUCGGCUUCUUCAGGCUGGAGUGGAACACCAGGCUCUGGACAAGAUGAGAGCAUGCAAGAAACUUUAUGCUCACACUGUGGAAUCAGUUCUAAGAAAACUCCUAUGAUGCGUCGAGGUCCUGCUGGUCCAAGGACACUUUGCAAUGCAUGUGGACUCAAGUGGGCAAAUAAGGGUGUUUUGAGAGACCUUUCGAAGGUCUCCAUGGUAGCAAUCCAGGAUCCAACUGUGAAGACUACCGAACAGAGUGAUGCUGAAGCUAAUGAAUCGGAGGCUGUAACUGGGACUGCAGUUGUUGUAUUUUCAUCGAACAGAGAUAACUCUGGUGUGACUUCCGAAAGAUGAGUAAUACGGUGAGUGCAAUGUUACUUUGGUGUUUCAAGGCAGAUGUCAAACUUUGUUGUAAUAAUCCGAGAUGGUUUGGCAACUGUAUAUAUAAUAGAUAUAUGGCACAUUGCCUUUGCUCAUUUGUGUAAAUAAUUUUGAGAUACAGGUUAACUAGUUUUAUGUAACUUAGGAGUAAAGAACAACAAAACUCUCACCUUCAACAUUAAUUAAUGUCCCCAUAUUUCUCUUCC